AUGGGAGGAGGCGGCUUAAGGCGUCGUCGCCGUUCAUAUAGCGGAAGUGAUAGUGACGGCGGUGGUGGGUCUCUCAUUCCUGGUGGCAUGACAAUGGGAAUGGGAAUCGGUGACCUCUACUCUACUCGCCGACAUCGUGGGGCUGGCGGUGGUGGCCUUGACCGUUCCGGUAUGUCGAUAGGCCUCGGAUCGAGAUCUCGAUCUCCCAGAGAUCGCGAACGAGAUCGGGAUCGCGAUAGGGAUCGCGAUCGGGACCGCGACCGUGAGAGAGAUCGUGAUCGUGAACGUGAUCGCCAUGUCGAGCGCCACCUGCGGGGUUCUCGCGAGCGCGACCGUAGUCUUCUUGGCAGCGGGGGCGCUGCAGUUGCUGCAGUUGCUUCUGGAGGUACUUCAGGUCUGCCACCUGGGCUGCAGGGCCCCAACGAUUAUUACUCCGCUGCCGCGGCUAUGGCUAAUCUUCUUAGUAAUAGUCAAACUGUAGUAACAGGUGGCCCCGGAGGAGCUGGAGGUUCCCAGAUUGGCGGGCAUUCUGGCGUCCCUCCACCGGUUUCUACACUUUCCGGUAACACAACUGGUCUACCUUGCUCACUUGGUGCGCUGAACUCGGUCUCUGCCUCUGGUAGUGGUGGUGGCCUUGGCCAAGGAAGUCUACAGGAUAGGUACCGGGACAAUCGGUAUCGGCACUAA